AAUUUUAAAGACCGUAAAAAUUCAAAUGAGAAGAACAUUUUUGAACAGAGGUAUUAUCAUGUGCGUGCUUAGAUAUAAAAUCAUUUAUUGGCAAGGGCAUUGAUGGUUGGUCCAAAAUUUUAAUACUUCAAGGGCGUAUAAAUUAGUCAACUUUCUUUUUUUUAAAAAAUAAUUUCUCCGGACUGGACUUUUUGUCUUUGUUCGAAACAUUGGUUCCAUCGAUCGUCACGACCAAAAUUGGGAGUUAAAUUUGGAGGGAAGAACGCAAACUUAGUUCUAACAGACUCACAGAAUUAUGGCCUCCCGAUUCCGAUCCGUCUUCUCCACUACUCCAAAACUCCAUUGUUGCUCCAACCGGGUGACGACGGCGGAAGCAUCUGGCGCGGGGAUUUCCGGAGAUUCUAUGGAGGAGGAUGUCGCCGGCGGCGGGUCCAGGACGCCGUUGUCGGCGGUGGCGGACGCGUUUGAGCGCCUUCUCGCGGAGAUGGAAGCGGAGGGGUGCGGUUUUAUCAGGUUGAAACCCUUCUGCGAGGCGUGCUCUCUGGUUUCGGUCCUUUUUGGGUGUUUAGGGAUUGCCUUUAAAUUCGCCGAGCUUGAAUAUGCUGCUAAGGUUCAUAGCCUCGCUGAUGCAUCCAAGAGAUAUGAAAAUUUAGAAAGCAUUCUUGAUUAUGAUGUAAAAAAUGACACUGUCAAAACAGCGGGGAGUUUAUCCCGUAAUUUACGCAGAGUCAGGCAGGGUUUACAUCUUAUCAAAGAUAUAUUCCAGAAUUUUAUGUCGUCCGAGUAUAACUCAUUGAGAGAUGCAGCUUCAACGGCAUAUGCCAAAGUUUGUGCACCAUAUCAUACAUGGGCUGUCAGGACUGCUGUCUGUGCUGGUAUGUAUGCACUCCCAACUCGGAACCAACUUCUGGAGAGGCUGAAUGAAAAUGAUGUGUCAGCAGAGAAGGAAAUGAAAAGAUACAUCAGUGCUUCACAACCCAUCAUUGAAUACAUUGACAAGCUCUACCUUUCAAGAAACAUCACUCUGGAUUGGUGAUCCUCUCAUCCUUUAGUUUUGCUUGGAUGGAUAUACUGCAAAUUGCAAAGUCUCUCAAGUCAAGAAGAUAGGUAUAUCAUUGUAAGAGUUAGAUUGGUUGCAUAGAAACAUUAGCAUAUAUGUAGUGUUAUUGUUAUUUAAUAGAUGAAAAAUGUUCACAACUUAAGGAAAUGAAAUUGAAGUCUCCAAUUCCAAUUCCAUGGCUUGAAUUUUGUGUACCAAACGGAGCCUAAAAGUUUUUAGACUUGAAUUCAUAGUGGCCAUUCAAAAGUUUGUGAACCAACUCAAUCAAGAUUCAAGAGGAAUAUCUUGUGUGGAUGGAUACCCUAGCUAGUUGGUGGAAUGAAAUGAUUAAGACUUA